AUGGCAGAUAAAUUAACCUUAGACAGACAUGCUAUGAAAGACCGGUCUACGUCCCAUCUGCGAAUUUACGUUGGCUCCCUACCUGAUAGCGCUACUGUGGACGAUAUUUACGAGCACUUUAUACAAUUCGGAGAAAUUAAUGGGAUUGUCAUCAACAGAAACUUUGGAUUUGUACAAUUUGCUGAAGAGUCGAGUGCACGCGAAGCUAUUGCUAAAGGAAACCGAAGCUCUUUCCAAGGAAACCAAAUUAUUGUAAAAACUGCUCAGACAAAUUCUGAUAAAAGUUUUUCUAGCAGACACACAGAAGGGGGGAAUGUUGCACCUACUUUGCCCCCUGCAGGGGCAAUCAAUGAUAACAAGUUACAAAAUGAAGAAGGUGCAGAGGAUCCCUAUGAUAAAUUUGGCAACUAUAUUGCAGAUCAAAGUUAUGGAGAGGAAGAGCAUGAAGAGGGUUACACAGGACAUUGGCCAGAGGGGGGACGAGGAAGUAUGCGUGGUCGUGGUGCACCCAGAGCGCGAGGCCGUGGUAGUAGGGGACGUGGUGGUCCACCAGGAUUUAGAGACCGAUCACCACUUGGUAGAGUAGGCGGUGAGUGGUCGGAGCGUGGUGGCUACGACCGAUAUUCACAACAAGUGCAAGAAUAUCCCAGGGCAUUGCCAGUCACAGAGAGAAAUGACUGUGAAAUUAUUGUGGUCUCAAAGAGCCUCACAGAGUAUGCAGAAUAUAUAGAAGGGCGUUUGAAACGGCUAGGGAUUGUUGUAGAUCUCCUAUUUCCAAUGGAAGAUGUACCCAUUGGCAAAGUCCUCGGCAACAUCGCAUCUCGUGGUUGUCUUUACGGGAUUUUAGUCAUGCCACAAAACCAAGAGAAUAGAUCUAUGACGCUUACAAUACUGCAUGGAUUGCCUCAAGAACACCGCAACAUGCCGAUAGAGGACGCGCUGCAGCUGCUGUCGCGCAACUUCCAGGAAGUGCAGCGCGGCGGCCCUUCGGGGCGCGAGGCCGUGUACGCGCUGCUCGGCCAGCUCGCCGACGGACGCACGCUCACCGUCAUGCAGUACGACAAAGUCAUUGAGUACUUACAGGAAAGAAAAGAACAGCAAGUCAAAAUAGAAUUAGGCGAGCCCCUUACCCCUGCGACUAAAGACAAAACACAAGUAGACCUCCAGCAACGGAUUCUGAGCAUUCUGAACGAGAAGAAGUCGCUGAGUAGCGCCGAGCCGGCGCCCGCGCCCGUCGCCGCACCUCCCCCCGCGCCCCUCGCACCCCUCGCGCCCCUCGCGCCCUCCGCCCCCUCGCAACCCACGGCACAGAGCAAACUGCUCAAUGACCCUACCGUUAGGAAAGCACUAGAUUCAAUAUUGCAAAAGUUUACGUAA